AGGUUUUAAAGUAUUUUGUGAUAUGACAACAUCAGGUGGAGGAUGGACUGUAUUUCAACGUCGUCUUGAUGGAAGUGUUGACUUCUACCGAGGAUGGCAAGAUUACAAACAAGGUUUUGGUAACUUGAGCGGAGAAUAUUGGCUUGGUCUUGACAAAAUACACAUGAUGACAAAUAUUUCAGAAAAUGAACUUCGUAUCGACAUGGAAGAUACAUCUGCAACCACCAGUUACGCUCAUUAUGAUUCAUUUAAUGUUAGCAGCGAAAAUACAAAGUACAAAUUGAAUGUUGGAGGUUAUAAUGGUACAGCAGGAGACUCGUUAUCAUAUCAUAACGGUAUGGCUUUCACCACCAAAGAUUCUGACAAUGAGGUUAUGGGAUACAACUGUGCAGGGAGAUACAAAGGAGCCUGGUGGUAUCGCACUUGUCAUGAAUCCAAUUUGAAUGGUUUUUACUAUUAUGGGCAUCAUGCAUUGCACGCUGAUGGUGUCAACUGGAAGGCUUGGAAAGGUUAUUAUUAUUCUCUGAAAUCAACAUCGAUGAAGAUACGACCACGUAAAUUUGCAGAGAAGAAAUAA